AUGAACGCGAAACCAGUUAGCAAUCGUGAGCUCUACGAGUGGCUGAUGGUAGAUGCGAACUUCACGACGGAGGAGUUCUGGGUGGUGUUCACCAGCCUGGACACCACCGCCCUGCAGCAGCGGAAGCCAGCCGACCAGGGCACCGUGUCGAUGCAGAAUUGCAUGGGCGCGACGCACAUCACGAAGACCCCGACGGGCUUGCACAUCGUGUCCUCGAAUCAGCCGAAUGCUCACUCGUUCCCCCUCGAUCCUCGGACGGUCGCCAACAUCGGCUGGAAAGACACGGUGGACUUCGCCGUGAACCUCCGGAAGCGGACGUUGGAGCACGCCAGGCUCCACUGGAACGCGACCAGGACCGUGGUGCCCAAGUGGAUGCUCGAGGCGCGGCCGUGCGGGGCGCCGGCACCGGACACGGAGCUCAAGACGGAGUACCUGGCCCACGCCGCCCGGGUCCUGAGCGCCCCGGAGUCCGAGAGGGGCACCCCGAGCUCCCUGCCCCUCGAGGGCGGGGGCACGCUGAGGCUCUGGGAGGGCUGGGGCCCCUGCUCCAUCCGCGGCGGCUCGGCCGACACGGUGCCCGUGUGGCAGGCGUCGUUCGCCGUUCCAGAGGUGAUGCCGGCGGACGUGUUCAACGUGCUCGUCAACAAGUCCAACGAGCCAGCGUGGAACGCGCCACUGGUGCGUGUCAACGAGACGGGGUUCAGCGGCGGGGUGCGCGGCCUUCACGAGGAGUACUCCCUGGUCCCGCUGCUCGCCCACCGGGAGCUCUGGGAGUGGCAGGCCGCCGCCCACAACCUCACCACCGAUCCUAAGGGAGGCACCUUCCUGAUUGCCAUCGCAUCCGUCGCCAAUUUCACAGAGAAGUUCGCACGAGGGAACGUCGAAGCGGCGCAGUGCAUGGCGGCGUAUCAGAUCGCUCCAGGCCCAGGCGGCGGCUCGAUUGUGAACAUGACGUCGCAGUUCGACCCCAACAUGUUUGGCGCCCCGUGGAUCAGCAAGCUGUGGCCCAAGAUUGGCCAGGACACGCUCAAGAAUUUCGCGGACGGGCUCAUCAACCAGUCGCGCUGGCUCGCCUCUGUCCGUGCCCGUGGUGCCGCAGGCGUCCAGGCUGACGGUGGCGUGCUGGCCUUGCUCGCCCCCGCCCCGCCAGGGCGCAACGUGUCCGCGACGCUCGCCAGCGUGCUCGUUGCCAGCAGCGCCUCCACCAGGCUGCGCCUCUUCGCUGACCUGGACCUGCCCGCGCUGCUGAACGCGUCCUCGUGGGCCCCCGGGGAGUUCCCCGGGCGGGCGGCGGAGCUGCUGCGGGUCUUCGAGCUCGUGCGGGCCAACGCCACGGCCGCCGAGAACGCCACGUUUCUUGGGGGGGCGGCCGCGGACGUCGUCGCGCUGCAGCUGCAGGGCCUGGCCGUGGCCUCGGUCCAGGGGCGCGUGCUCGACCAGCUCGCGGAGCAGGAGUGCCACGCCCCACCGCUGCCCGACAUCGACGGCAACAAGUCGACAGGGGGCCUGACUCUCAUGGCGGCCGCGGUCCUGUGCGUUGUUGUGGUGGUGCUGGCGUGCGCAGGGUGCGGGUUGUGCUGCGCCAGGUGGAAGAAGCUCCGGCGCGAGCGUAUGGCUCACGUCGCGGCCGCGGCCCUGCUCUCGGGCGCCGGGGCGUCCGUUGCCACGGCUACCGCGGCGGCGGCCCCCGGGAGGUCCGAGACCGCCUAA